UUCAUGGGUAACGAUUCCAACAACACUUCGUCAGACCGGGGAGGUCUAGCUAACAGCUUAUUUACAGCAUCUGAUCGGUAGUCGCUGAUCAGGUAGCAGCAGAUGAGGAAUCUAACUUCUGUGUUGAGUGCCCGUAUCCAUGUUCUACAUCUUUUUCAGUUUCAGAACUGACAAGCACUAACAGACCCAUCAUUGAAUAGGUAGCUCCCCUGCUACAUAGGCAUAAUUCGGUCACCUGGAAGCUGGGCUCUGGGUUUCUCUCCACUCAUCCCUCUCUCUCUUUCAAGUAGCGAUCCUGGUCUUGCCUGGGCAGUGGGACUAUAUCCAUGACCGCAACCGAUCUAGCCUGUGUAUUCCUCUUAGAGAUAAUCUCAGCACAUCGAAAUGCCGUGGCCGCAGCUCCCCAUUGAAAACCUCGCAGUAUGGGCGCACCUUAACGAGGUCUCCUUUGUCGACGUCAAGGUUACAACCACCAAAGAAAAAGGCUUCGGUAUAUGCUGCGAGAGAGAUCUCCACACUACUGGAGACAGCUCCAGUGCUACCGCUUUGCUCAGAGUGCCUCACCAUCUUGUCCUCAAUGACGCGGCUGUCGAAGAGUAUGCAAAAGAGGACAAGGAUUUCAGGCACCUCUUGGAUGCCGUCGGACACCAUCGCUCUGCGCGAGCGGACAUAUUGCUGUUCCUCCUCGUCCAAGCAGCUUUGGCUUCCCGACGCAGCCGCUCUUCGGUGGGAGUUACAAACCCUUGGACAGAGUAUCUGCAGUUCCUGCCCGAGAUGGUUCUCUUGCCCACGCUAUGGACCGAAGACGAGCGGGUUCUUCUCCGUGGUACCUCUCUUGAGCCGGCGCUUGAGGCAAAGAUCUCAGCCCUUGACGCCGAGUUCGAGCGGAUCCGAGAGAAAUCAUCAGAGAUCCGUUCCUGGGACGAGCUACUCUGGCAGGGCGGGUCUAUACGCUUUACCGAUUGGAUCCGCCUUGAUGCGCUAUAUCGCUCUCGUUGUCUCGAACUGCCCAGAUCAGGGGAGUCCAUGGUACCCUGCAUCGACAUGAUCAACCACUCAGCCAAUCCUUCAGCUUACUAUGAUGAGAACCCCGAAGAUGAAGUCGUUCUCAUGCUUAGGCCGGGAAUUGACCUUUCAAAAGGUGACGAAAUAACCAUCAGCUAUGGGGCAACAAAGUCCGCAGCCGAGAUGUUGUUUAGCUACGGCUUUGUUGAUGCCAAGUCAGCUGCCCACAGUCUUGUCCUGCCGCUUAGACCUUUCCCAGACGACCCGUUAGCCAAGGCGAAACUAGUCGCAUUUGAAGGGGUUCCUCAGAUUUGCGUGGCUCGGGAGAGCGAGUCCGUCCUCUGGACCAGUGAGUUCGCCUAUCUGAUGUGUAUCAACGAGGAGGAUGGGCUUGAGUUCCGGAUCCUGCAAGAGAGGGACGGGGCUCAAGAGCUGCGCGUAUUUUGGCAAGAAGAAGAUGUAACAGAUCGGACGAGGGAGUUUAAGACCCUGAUUCAAGGCCAUUCCCUCUUCGCAGUGCUGAGGCUACGUGUUGUCACUGUCAUCCAAGAGAACCUCCAAACCCAACUGGAGCAGUUGCAGUCAAGCACACCUGGGAGCACACCUUCUGCCCUGCAGCGGAAAGAGUGUUUCGACGCCGCUUUGAGCCUCCGUGGCAUCGAAACAAGUAUUCUCGAAAGCGCCAUUGAAGCUCUGGAGAAAGAGGGUCUCAUGCAGAGAAGCUCGCUACUGCUCGACGAAAACGUGGUGGCUUACCUCGGACCGAUGGAAACUACCGAAUCAGAUCUAGUUGGCAAUGAGGCGUCCAAUGAUGCGGACGAUUUUAGCUAA